AUGACAUAUUGGAGAUAUGUUCGUUUGGCUGACAACAGUGACUGCAAUAAAGUCAUAGAAAUUCUGAUCAAGGAGUGGGAAAUUCCUGAACCAAAAUUUGUUAUCAGUGUGACUGGAGGAGCAAGGACGUUUCGCUUUGACUCUCAACUGAAAGACGUGUUUGCAAGAGGUUUGAGGAAAAUGUGUCAGGACAGUGGUGCAUGGGUGAUGACAGGUGGCGAACACAGUGGUGUUAUGAAACUUGUUGGAAAGGCAUUGCUAAGCAAUGCCGGUACAGAGAGCUGUCAAUCAAUUACUUGUAUUGGCAUUUGCACUUGGGGACGUGUGUACAAUUUGACGAAACUAAUAGGAGACCAUGAUUGUGAAAACGAUGCAGUUGAGUACAACUCAUUGGAAAAAACAGGAAAUUCGAAUGUUAAGUCACUAGAUCCAAACCAUUCAUACUUUUUGUUGGUUGAUGAUGGAACUAUGAGACUUGAGCGAACCCAUCAGGAGUGGCAUAGCGGAUUCAACCAAGCAAUCAGGAAAUAUAACUUUUCUCAUGAAAAUCGUGUACCCGUUGUGACUUGUUUACUCAAUGGAGGACCAGACUCCCUCACGACUGUCAGAGAGUCUCUGAAACAGGAAAUACCAGUAAUCAUCAUCAAGGGCACUGGUCGGUGUGCAGAUGUAAUUGCAUUUGCCAUCAGCCGUGCAAAACGCAAAGUGCAGCCAGGUGGUCAGAAGUACGAAUUUACUUGGGCCGAUGAUAACUGGAGAGAUCUUGAAAACUACACAAAGGAAGUGUUUACUGACAGUGAAUUCAAGGAGGCAGGAAACCAGACAUUUGUGACAGAAAUCACAUCUUUGGUGGAAGAAGGACUUCAAGCCAAAAACAAUGAACUGUUAAUCGUCUUCGAUCCACUGGACAGCUCCAUGAGUCCUUCUCUUCGUCAGCUGGACUAUGUCAUAUUGAUGCAAUUGUUUCGUUUGAGUCAUAAAAGAGAAAGAGCUCUGAAAGAGUCUGUCAAACUAGCCAUGGUUUGGAAUCGUGCGGACAUUGUGCGUGAUGAGUUUCUAUCACAGGGCAUCAACACAGACACGCUUGAAUAUGCUGACUGGGAAGAAUUGUUGACUAAGGCGCUAGGAAAUGACGAUCAUUAUAGAUUUGUACAGUUAUUUUUAGAUGAGGGAGUCAUUGAUUUUGAGAAAUUUGUAGAAAACAGGUUGACAGAACUCACAGCUAAUUCUAUCUCUAAUCCUUCAUCUGAUUUGGCAAGUCAAAACAUCUUUGUGUAUGUGAAACAGCACAUCUUGGGUACCACCAAAUUAACAGACGUUGACACUACUACUGAUGGGAUUCUGUCUGACUUAUUUGGACAUUCUUUGAAAGCAAACAAGUGCCUCACCAGCGGCACCAAAAAGUUGUUCCUGUGGGCACUAUUGACACAACACUGGAAGUUGGCGGAAGUAUUCUGGACAGCUUGCAGAAAUCCGAUCGCAGCUGCCUUGGCAGCCAGUAUUAUUAUCAAGUCAACAGCCAGACUCUUGAAAGGUGGUGCUCUUCGUGUGCAGGCAUGGGAUACAUUGAAUGAGCAACAAGAAAUGUGGGCAGAACGAGCUGAGAAACUCAUGUCUGUAUGCUACAGUCAGGAUCCUAAUAUGACACAGAGCCUCAUCAUGAAACCUUCAGCAGAAUGGAGCUCUGUGUCUGCUGUGACACUGGCUGCAGAGGCUCGUAAUCUAAAGUUUGUUGCUCACGAGUGUGUUCAGACAAUUGUCAACAAGAAAUGGAUAGGGGACAUGAAACCGAUGACCUCAAGGAUAAAGAUAGUUUCAUGUGUGCUCCUUCCGCUUCUCAUACCUUUUCUCAUCAAGAAAAAGGACAAAAGCAGUGGUGGCAUCUCUUUUACUGCAUUCUACAGCAGUCCCAUUGUGAAGUUCUGGCUCUAUUUAUUGUUCUACGUUAUUUUUAUAUCCAUUUUCAGCUACAGUAUGCUUGUCCGGUGGCAACAGGGCGAAUUCACGUCAGCUGAUGGAUUGUCACUCGUUUGGGUGCUUUCAAUUUUUUUUGAAGAUUUACGUCAACUGUUUCAGUGGGUUUAUAUAGUUCGGAUAAAAACCAAAAUUCUGGUCUUAUCUUUACCCAGUCUUUCGGUCGUCACCAAAGUCUCUGCCUUUUUGCUCUACAUUGUUGGGUUUGGUUUGCGUUUUUUUAUGUCUCAUGACGAAGCUGACGGCUACCCGAUUGGAUUUCGAUGGGCACGAAUGUUGCUGAGCAUCUCUGUGUGUCUCUACUUUGCCAGGGGGAUGGAGUUGGCUCGUGUCAAUUCAACGAUGGGACCCCGACUGACAAUGAUCUACAAGAUGAUCAUUGAUGUGGUGUUGUUUGUGGGACUCUUGCUUGUUUGUUUGGUGGCAUACGGCAUUGCUACGGAAAUGUUGCUGUUUCCUCACCAGGAACGGUCUUUUGAUAUUCUCUUCAAGAUUUUUUACAUACCCUACUGGCAGAUAUAUGGAAACUUGUUCUUGGAAGAAUACAAUGGUGGUGUGGAAGGAACGUGCGUUAAACUGUCUUCCUUUGCGUCUCUAAAUCAGACAAUCCAAGUGCCAGACAACGUUUGCCCUGAGAAAGAACCUCUUGCUUUUAUUCUAUUUGCGUUCUACCUUGUCCUAACAAAUAUUCUGUUGCUCAACCUUCUCAUUGCCAUUUUCAACAACACUUUCAACAAAGUACAGUCUGAUGCAGAGUCGUUAUGGAAGUUCCAGUGGCUGGAAGUUGUCCAAUCUUUUGAAGACAGAACUUGGCUUCCACCCCCUUUCAACUUGCCUGAACUUAUCUUUCGAUCUGUAAUGUUUGUGUACGAGUACAAGCAGAGGAAAUCAAAGCGUGGUGGGUAUGACCAAUCAGAUGGCAGGGCCGGAUAUAGUGGGACGUUUGAUGCUUUUUGCAUGCAAAGAUAUUUGCUUGAAGCGGGAAGUGAGUCACGUGAUGACGCUUGAUGACAUGUGCAAGCAAUAGAAUGACACAACGAUUGGCUGGAGGGGAUAUUCUAGAUAGAAUUGAUUACACGCCCUAAACCUAGAGUUCGCGCGCUCUCUGGUCUGGAAGUUCGAGGCGAACCCAUGAGUCUUUUGGCCAUUUUAAAUUUUAUAUUUUUUAAAGUUUAAUUUUUUUAAUUUAAAUUUAAUUUUAAUAUUUUGAUUUUAAAUUUUAUAUUUUAAAUUUUUAAAGUUUUAAUUUUUAAAUUUGAAUUCUUAUUUUUAGUAUUUUAUUUUUUUAUUUUUUUAUUUUUUCACGUUUCUAUUUUUGCUUAAUUAAAUUUGCAUUAAAUUUGCAUUAAAUUUUAAUUUAAAAAAUAAAAUUUAAAAUUGAAGUUUUUAGGUGCAGCAUGACGUAGUUGUAAAUAUAAACUUUGCAUAUGUCCUUAACCAGUCCGCGGAUGGCCUCGCAUGUCCAGUGACAAUGGGAAUCUGCUGUCCGAGUCUGACGAUUCGUCCGUUCGCGAGGGAGCCGCGUUCAGACCCGACUUUUCACGAAAUUUCAUAACCAGUUACCGUGUUGUGUGCCAAAUCGGUAAAGGAGCGUUUGGAUCCGUUUACAAGGUGUUCGAUCGCUCUACUAAUGCUGUCUGGUGCACCAAAGUCAUUCGCACAAACUCGCAAUCCUCGUUGAACGAGGGAUGUGAUUGUGGACACGUCUAUCCGUCAUAUCUACAUUGUUUUAAAUAUACAUCUAAAUUUACAUCUAAAUUUACAUCUAAAUUUACAUCUAAAUUUACAUCUAAAUUUACAUCUAAAUUUACAUCUAAAUUUACAAGUAUCACGUAAGAAGGGUCACUCCUCGGCAGCCCAUUUCAUUCAGAGACUUAAAAUUUGAUUUUGUGGAACUCGACGAUCAGUGCCGUGAGUGUCAAUGCUCUGCUGACUUUCCAACACAAAUUUCUGGUCAAUGUGAUGAUCUUGUCUUUACAAGUUUGAAUUAUUCUGAUUUCAAAGAACUUGAUCAUUACUUGUCACUGCAAUGCGAAACGAUGCUUCUAAGAUUAGAUAUUGCUUUGUGUCAGAUUGCUCUUCGAGAUAUUCUGCCUGUUUUAACGGAAAGUCUAUCUAGUCACAGAAGAUCUCGAGUUGUGCUUGAUCUCAGGUGUGUGCUGCAGUUGCUGACACCGAGACUGAGGAUGCUGCCAAGGGCUCGUGUGACUGAAGUAGGAUGCUGAUUGCCAGUGAUAAUCACUGACUAUUUCUUGAGCUCGUGAAAUCUAGAGCUCUGACUGAACUAGAAACAAAUAGUCCAACUCUAGGUUACUGGUGUAGAUGUGAGUGACAUGGAAUUCAUUUCUUAGAGGUUUUUAUUAAUAUUAAUAUAUUUUGUUUGAUGUCAGUUUAUAUUGUACAUUAGAAUGCAGUAAAAUUAAUACAUAAGAACGAAA